UUAUACGUGUAGAAAGGUUGUCAGAGAAGGUUGGUUGCAGAACCAUUUUUUUCUCCCCAGGUAGGCAUUGAGGCAGACAGGCUCCUUCCAGUGGGGCUGCUGAGAGAACAGUCAUUUUGAUCCAAAUGAUGUGUAUUUAUCCGCUUCAUACCGUACUGCCGCACCCACGACAGUUUUGAACCUGUAGAGCUGUGAGGGCAUCAGCGCUCUCUCUCUCUCUCUCUCUUUUUUUUUUAAACAUUUUUUUUAUUUAUUUUGGCGGGGGAGAGGCAGAAAAAGAGGGGGACGGAGAGUCCAAAGUGGGCUCCAAAGGGGGCUCGAACUCACUAACCGCGAGAUUAUGACCUGAGCUAAAGUUGGACACUUAACUGAGUGAACCACCCAGGCGUCCCUCCAAAUAAUGUCUUUUAAGUAGAAAAGUAGAAACUGUCAGCGGACUCCACGCUGACAGCAGAGAGGGGCUUGAACUCACCAACUGUAAGACUGACCUGAGCCAAAGCUGGACGCUUAACCAACUGAGCCACCCAGGCACCCCAGAGGCAUCAGCACUCUUCAUUUUAAUCACGCCAGCAGAUCCUGAACAUUACUUUUCAGGCUUUUUUUUUUAAAACCUGGUUUCUUUCUUCUCUCUCUCUCUCUCUCUUUUUUUAAAUAAAGACUUUAUGUUUUAGAGCAAUUUCAGGUUCACAGAAAAUAGAGCGAAAGGUACAGAGAUUUUCCAAAUAUCACCUGACCCACAUAUGCACAGGCUGCCCCAUCAACAUGGCCACCAGAGUGGGACAUUGAUUGUAAUUGAUGAACCUGCACUGACACAUCGUUCUCACCCAGAGGCCAUCGCUUACAUUAGGAGCCGCAUAGGUGCUGGACAUCCAGUGAGUUCGGACAAAUACAGAAUGACAGGUAUCCACAUUUGUGGUGCCAUACAGAGUAAUUUCACUUCCCUAAACAUCUCCUGUGCUCCGCCUUUUCAUCCUUGCCUGUCUCCAAAUUAGGGGACUUUUUUUUCUUGUGGACAAUUGAUGACGGCCAUACUCUGAGGUCUCUCUUUAGUUCAUGCAUUUUAUUCAUAGAGAAAAAAGGGUUCUUUUUGCUUAUGAACUAUGAGGUAGAAUAUUAAACACUUUGAAAUUUAAUGUUCCGCUCUGUAAUUUGGAAGAAAAAAAGAACGCCUGUGUUUGUUUGUUUGUUUGCUUGCUUGUUUUGUAUUGCUGAAGCGUAUGAACUUAGUAGAAAUCCAUACAAGCAUAGAACUGGAUUGGAAAGAAAGUUAGUGGGUACCGAAGUAAAUCCUUCCACCUUAUGUACCAGCCAACAGAGGCCAGGAAAAAUUGGGUGGUUUGCUCAAAUAUAAAUGAAAUAAGUCUAAAAAUAUCUCCUCGUCUGUAGGAGAAAAAAGUCCCCAAAGUUUACUUUCCUUCCCAGCAAAACUAUAUUAGUUGAAUUGAAUUAAUUAGAAAAUGCGAGUCUGCUUUGCAGAUGAACUUCAGUGACUGUGACUUGGGGAUCUAGACAGUCUAUACUGAGAGCCCCGUUCCCUUUCCUGAACACUGCCUCUGUCUUGUCAUUAGAAUUGUGCUAUUCUGCUCAGUUCGGAGUGUGCAGAUCCAAGAGAAAAGGACGUGGCCAGCAUCUGUGGCUGACCAGCCCUGCUCAAGGCCACGGGCUGUCCACUUCUCACUCCAGGCUGGCCCCGUGCACUUGCUGGCUUUCAGAAAACUACCUUCCAGUGUCAGGUUGGAGGGUGUGUGUUUUCUGCAGCUCUGUGCACCCCUCAGCAGAGACUUGGGAGACUGUUUGCCCCUCAUCUGACUAUAACUGUGUGGGCUGGUUCCUUUUGAGCUUCUGGGUUAUAGCUGUGCUUUAAUUUUUGUGAAAUGAAACUUUAAAAUGUUAUUGUUUUAGCAGCUAAACAUCUGUUUUCCACAGGCGAAUUCAAAUCCCAAAAUGGAACUGGAGUCAUAAAACCUAACCAACAGUUUGACUGCCAUUUAAAUCAAUGGUGCCUUUUUUCCCCCAAAUAAUGUCUUUAAAAAAUUUUUUUUAGCAUCUAUUCAUUUUUGAGAGACAGAGAGCGAGAGGGAGAGGGGCAGAGAGAGAAAGGGAGACACAGAAUCCGAAGCAGGCUCCAGACUCGGAGCUGUCGGCACAGAGUCAGACGGGGGGCUCGAACUCACGAACCGUGAGAUUAUGACCUGAGCUAAAGUUGGGUGCUUAACUGACUGAACCACCCAGGCGUCCCUCCAAAUAAUGUCUUUUAACUAGAAAAGUAGAAACUGAGAAUGCCCUAGUUUGGGUGUUCAUUCUUUAGAAUUAUACUAGUGACAAUAGAAGUGACUUUGGGAACCUUCCAAGACCUCUAAACCUUGACCUAUUCCAUAGUCAUUGGCAAAUGAACAGGCGUAGGACUCCAGGAGAUUAAAGUGUCUGCUUUAACAUGGGGAGGUGGAAAUAGGGCUAGAGACAGCAAUUGGAAUCCAGUGGCCUUUAUUCUCCACAAAUAUGUAGAUCGUUUAUAACAGUAAAAUGAUUCGAUCGGGGUAUAGACAGACUUUUCCAGAGGAUGUAUUUUCCAUCACUGUUUAGGUACAUUAUGUGACGUGGUUGAGCAGACGACAUUUGGAUGAAAUUUGUGUGAAUGGAAUCACGCUGGAGAUGACCUAAAGGAGAAGAGUAUUCUGAGCGUUUUGGAUGAGAUGUCCCCUGCCACUUGCCAUAUGGUUUAGCAGGUGCCCUCAGAUGCCAACAGGCAAAGGCAGCUCAAGCAUCUCAUCCGACGUGAGUUCAAGUACAGAUCACACGCCGACCCAAGCCCAGAAGAAUGUGGCUACCAGUGAAGACUCCGACCUGAGCAUGCGCACCCUGAGCACGCCCAGCCCGGCCCUGAUAUGUCCACCGACCCUGCCCGGAUUUCAGAAUGGAAGGGGCUCGUCCACCUCCUCGUCGUCCAUCACCGGGGAGACGGUGGCCAUGGUCCACUCCCCGCCCCCGACCCGCCUCACCCACCCGCUCAUCCGGCUCGCCUCCCGACCCCAGAAGGAGCAGGCCAGCAUCGAGCGCCUCCCGGACCAGUCCAUGGUGCACAUCUUCUCCUUCCUGCCCACCAACCAGCUGUGCCGCUGCGCGCGCGUGUGCCGCCGCUGGUACAACCUGGCCUGGGACCCGCGGCUCUGGAGGACUAUCCGCCUGACGGGCGAGACCAUCAACGUGGACCGCGCCCUCAAGGUGCUGACCCGCAGACUCUGCCAGGACACACCCAACGUCUGUCUCAUGCUGGAAACCGUAACUGUCAGUGGCUGCAGGCGGCUCACGGACCGAGGGCUUUACACGAUCGCCCAGUGCUGCCCGGAACUGCGGCGCCUGGAGGUCUCGGGCUGUUACAACAUCUCCAACGAGGCGGUCUUCGACGUGGUGUCCCUGUGCCCCAACCUGGAGCACCUGGAUGUGUCAGGGUGCUCCAAAGUGACCUGCAUCAGCUUGACCCGGGAGGCCUCCAUUAAACUGUCCCCCUUGCACGGCAAACAGAUUUCCAUCCGCUACCUGGACAUGACGGACUGCUUCGUGCUGGAGGACGAGGGCCUGCACACGAUCGCCGCGCACUGCACGCAGCUCACCCACCUGUACCUGCGCCGCUGCGUGCGCCUCACCGACGAGGGCCUGCGCUACCUGAUGGUCUACUGCGCCUCCAUCAAGGAGCUGAGCGUCAGCGACUGCCGCUUCGUCAGCGACUUCGGCCUGCGCGAGAUCGCCAAGCUCGAGUCGCGCCUGCGGUACCUCAGCAUCGCCCACUGCGGCCGCGUGACCGACGUGGGCAUCCGCUACGUGGCCAAGUACUGCGGCAAGCUGCGCUACCUCAACGCCCGGGGCUGCGAGGGCCUCACGGACCACGGCGUGGAGUACCUCGCCAAGAACUGCGCCAAGCUCAAGUCCCUGGACAUCGGCAAGUGCCCGCUGGUGUCCGACACGGGCCUGGAGUGCCUGGCCCUGAACUGCUUCAACCUCAAGCGGCUCAGCCUCAAGUCCUGCGAGAGCAUCACGGGCCAGGGCCUGCAGAUCGUGGCGGCCAACUGCUUCGACCUGCAGAUGCUCAACGUCCAGGACUGCGAGGUGUCCGUGGAGGCCCUGCGCUUCGUGAAGCGCCACUGCAAGCGCUGCGUCAUCGAGCACACCAACCCCGCCUUCUUCUGAGCGCGCUUGGCGCGCGCCGCACGGACCCCACGAACCCCUUUCUAGAAAGCAGCGUAUGUAAGCACCGACCGCCGCUCGCUCGUAACAGCUCUUUCUUCCUGGAAGGUUCUUAGGCAUCCGGCUUUUCUUUCUCCCUAUGUCUGGCGGGCCCACAGGGGUCAAGGGAAGGAAGGGGGAGUGGGGGGGGGGAGACCCCGGGGGAGCGGGGGGAGGGGCACGAAUUUCUGUUGACAGCGAACCGGUCGUGUGGUCGGGUCCUGCCGAGGCAGCGUCUCGUCUCCCGAAAGGCGUGCCUCGGCAAGCUGGCGGCGGAGUGUUGGAGGACGCCUCUUUUCUCUGUCUCUCCGCCCCUGGCCACCUCCCAGGCUUCUACGCGCACCCCCUGCGCCCCCACCUCCACCCCCACCCCGCCCUCGCCAGCAGCAGCCACAAAUCCUCCGAAUAGUGAUGCUCUCCGGACCUCCUCCCCCUUAAACUGCUUCAUUGGCCUAAGCCCUACCCAUCAAUCCCACACCCAGGCAGAUUCUCGUUAAAGAAUAUACAAAGUGGUAUAUGCAAAGUGCUAACGACCCUUUUCUAAAGAAUCACUUGUCCAGGCAGCACGGUGCAGGGGAGGGAGAGGGAGGGGGGGCUGCAUUCUUCCCCCCAGCUCUGCCGCUAAAUAGCUGUGUGACCUUGGGCAAACCACUUGACCUCUCUGGGCUUCAGCUUCCAGCACUGAAUCAGAGGCCACCCCUGCCCCAGGAUCCGCUCCCUUCCCAUUUUAGAACUGAGAGGACAGAGAUGUCAAUAAACAGGAGCACCCUGGCCUGGACCGUAGGAGGCAUCCACCUCUAUUGGUUUUGGAAGGUGCUUUCAGGAGAUUCAGAAGUGCCAGCGUGAAUGCCCUAUAGUUCCUUCACUCCAAUCCGAAUGUCACUCCACCCCUGUUUAUUUUGGUGGGUGAGUCUCUUGGGCACCCUCCCUGUCCCCCUAGGUGGAUCGUGUCUGUGACAAGGGCUUCCCACAUGGGUGCACCCGACGCCCUCUUGUGGAGGCAGUGGGAUUCCUACGCACAGCACAGCCCAUAUCCCCAGUCAAGGUGAUCUUGCUGAGUGUUUUCAAAUAGGAGGAAAGACCCUCACGAUUUUUAAUUAACAAGGGAGGCCCAAGAGAACGCAUGUCUUCCAAGGUUUUUCCAGUCCCUCUCAGUGCACCUGUGGCCUGCAUCAGGCAGGUCUGCCCGGCAGCUGGCAGAAACAGGCCUGUUGGUUCUUUGUCAUUCAGAUCACAUUUCGACUUUUCUCAUCUAUUUAUUUCUUUGGGCAUCCAGACAUCAUCGCAUGAAGCCUGUUGGGGUUAAGUCAUAAGUGUUUAACGGUGCAGAUUUGCCACCUCGGGUGCCUUCUCCCGUGGCUCUCUAAAUGUUCUCUGUCCAAGAAUGCACAACAGACUUUCAGGUGUUUAAAUACUGUUCACUCAAAAAUGUCAGGCAAAUGGAAGAAGGAAGUUGAUACAACUCAGGCGCCGGUCCACCAACCAGGCCCUUGGAAUAGAACGUUAAAAUUCUUGCCAAAUAGGAACUUUAAAUGGCCCUAUUUGGAUGGCGAUCCAUUUGCUAGCUUCAUGCGUGUGAGAUCAGGAUGCCAGAAAAGUCCGCUGCUCAUUUUCAUGAAAUUUAGUUGCCUUUGGUUAAUCCACACAUGACUUUUCCCAGAUUAUUCUCUAGCCACCACUCUCCUUCAACACUAUUCAAGUACUCCGCCAUUUCUUUCUCAAAGGGUCCACCUCCCCAACCCAGAACCUCUGCAUCUCCAAGCCAGGUGUAUGGAAUUUGUUUCACAUCGAGCCCACACGCAAGUCAACAGCUGCAUUCCCACCGUCGGCUCACUGUGUUUCUUUGUCUUAUGUUGGGAAGGAAAAGAUAGAGUGACGUGGCACCUGCCUAGGGGGUUCCUCUCGUGCGUCAUAUGACAUCACCUCCUCUCCAGUCAACAUCGCCAACAACUUAGUGUGCAAUCGAGACUACGUGCCACGGGGGGAAAUGAAUUGCUUGGCUGGGAAUAGUAUCCUGGAGAUAGCACAGGGUUUAGAGUCAUGGAUGAGGUUGAAGGUAGAGUUCCCCUGCUCUGUGACUGUCUAAAAUUUCAGAAUUUGAGAGCCAACAGAGGAUUGUCCCUACCCCUUGGCACCGGGGUCUUCCAAGUGGUAUUUUCAUACUCCUGGAAUGAGAAGAGAGAUCCAAAACGGCUCCCUGAACCAGAGAAUAGGUGUCCCAUUAAAAAUACCUUUAUCACCAUCACCUGACCGCAUCACCUAAACUGUCUUCCAAACAGGAGUCAAAGGUGACCUCUACAUUCAUUGCCCAGCACAUGCUGUCUUUCCCCGUCUCUCCUUUUUCCCCGUCUUCUCUUCAUCCGCUUUGCCUCCACUUGGGGUGGGAAUCUGUGGCAGAGGUCACUGGGGAAACAGCUCAGCAGAUUUUUAGAGACCAAGCAAAAGGCCUCACUAGGAAAUCUCUCUGUUUUAAAACAUUGCUUCCUUCCUGCCUCUGCGAAAAUGAAUGCUCAUUGUUGUUUUUUUAUUUCUAAUGUUCAAUCACUGCGUGCUGUAUGACUCUAGAAAGCCUUAAUUUACUACCACCAAGAAAUAAAGCAAUAUGUUGGUAA